UUGAGACAAUUAGGUUUCACGAAAAAUGAAGUUAACCCGAUGAAACAAAGAUUAAAAAGGAAACGAAAAAUUAUCUUUAUAUUUACGGAAGACUUACUCGGACGUCAUUCGUCUUAAUGGGAAGCUACUCUAGUGAAUGCUACUUGGGUGAAGAAAUAGAAGAAGAAGAAGAAGAAGAAGAAGAAAAUAAGAAGCAGAAGGAAAUACGAAUAAAGACCGUAUUAUUAAUGGUCUAAUGACUUGUCCGUUGAACCCCAUUGAUCGUGGAUCAUUACGGAAUUACAAAGCGUCAAACGUUCAAGAUUCGUGUUUUCUUUCUUCUCAGAGCUAUCAGACGUGACGUUAAAUCGACAAGUAUAAUUUGCGUUGGAAAUUGCGAAACGUCCUCGUUUGGUCGACGCGUUUCCUUAGAUACGAAGGAUGGAAACGAAGCUGCGGAAUAGAGAAAGAUAAUCAGCUUCAUGUUGUCCCGAUUUAUACGAGAGCUUUCAGUGGAUAGUGUCGUGGAAGAAAGAGGAAAGCAGAAGGGGGGGUCGAACUCUAGCGUGUCGGUUUUGUGACCGUUUGCUCAGCGGGCUUUGGAAAAGUCCCGCGACGGUUCCUAUUACAAAGUGGUCACCAUCGAGGGUGGUGAACGUAAUGUGACAACUGUAGGUGAAGAGAUGACGGUGACUCCGUCGACUUCCGAUGUCGCUGACAAGGCAGUCUCGACGGAUGAUGGUGGCAGUGGAAUGGAGGUGGCACGUCUCGAAGCCGUCCUCGCUGCUCUGGUGGAAACGAAGGUGGAGGCGAUUAAAGCUUCCUCGGCUUUGAGCAAGCGUUCCGGUAGCGCACCGGCUAGUCCUCGUCGGCUUAGACUGACUUCAACAUCGACUGCCUCCUCUUCGCUGAAUCACCAACAUCGAAGAAAGGGUCAUCAUCAUCAUCAUCACCACCACCAUCACCACCAUCAUCACCAUCAUCAUCGUAAGAGGCACGAUUCCGCUCCGUGCAACGACUUCAUUGGAGACGCUACGGAACAUCAUGAACAUAAUGUCCAUCACGGUAAAACGAGGCGACAAGCAUCAGAAAGUCCACGACGUCCAAGGAAAAAGCGCAAACACUCGAAAAGCCCGAAUAUUCUUCACGGCGUAGUACAGGACGUCCAAACGGGUCUUGAUUCACGUUUAGAACUUUUUGGAAUGGACGGUGAUCAGGAUCUUGCAUUGAUAAACUUUGAAAGGACUCGAGAAACUCUCAGCGAUUCCUGCGAAUACUCGCAGUUGCACCGAAGUGCCUCCUACUUUCCCCAAAGUACAGCUCAAUUAAAGAUCCACUACGACGACGACGAUUAUGUGGCGUUGAACAUAGCGGACGAGUUGGAAGAAGAGGAGAUCUUGAGCGGUACCGAAAAGAUCGAGGCACCUCGGGCGAAGUAUCAUCGGCCCCGCAGAAAGAGGAAACGGAAACGACGUAAAGUUAUCAAUACGGGUCCUCAAGAAGAACUCGUCGAUCCUGAAGAACUUCCACCACGCGCUCGUUGGACGAUCGUUGCGACAGCCUGCCUCCUUCUUACAAUGUCUUUACUCUUAGUCGGAGUUACGCUCAGAAUGGCACCAAUCAUCGACGAUAUGGUGCGCAGAGAGAACGAGGAACUGUUGAAUUCCCUGAACAGAGUUUUCGUGACCGAAAACUCGACAAUGCCUCUCUAAAGAAGACGUUCUAAGGCGAAAGAAUGGCUCGUUUUGAUGCGCCUUUUGAAGAAGUUUGGCAAGACGACAGAAGAAAAAGAGAGCGAAAGAAGCGGAAAAGUAUCGUGAGGAAAAACUUAACUUCGAAGUGCCAGGAUCAGAGGUCGUUUCUCAAAAGCAGGCAAAGUUUUAUUACGAUUCCAUUUUACCCGAAACAUCUUAGGUAUAGCGGGGAACAGGUCGAAUUUAAUUUGUCAAUGUCGACGCGGUACGAGGCUAAUUUUUCGACUCGACCGAUAAAAUACGAAUUUCGAACUAUCUGUAUAAUCAGAUAGAGUCCUAUAAUUUUAACCUCGUUCUUUCCAAGGUACGUCCAUCUCUCUUUUUCAUUGAAUUAUAUAAUUUGGAGGACAUUCUCGGGAAGAGUCAAGUAUAGGUAUAAUCGCGUCGAGAAUGAAAAAAGCGUAUUAAAGAAAAUGAGAAAAAUCUGCAAAAAAAGUUACUCGCGUACAUAUAUAUACGUCGCCUUUGUUAGCUCGUUAUUGUUAUUGGCGCGGUAAAUGGAUGACCGUGUGAGCCUUGUUACGAUAUAUGAAACUGCGUUGUACGUUCUUUCAAUGCACGAAACUUUUAUUCGAAAUAACAAACGUAAUCCGACUCGUUUUGCGGAAUAGAUUUCGUAUACCGACAACGAAAAGAGAUGUUUAAAAGACGUUCGUGAAACUCGAUUUAAAUUCCUUGUUGGAAAAAGAAAUCAAAAUAUCGGUAUUUCUGCUGUUCUUCUAUGGAUAUGUGUAAAUGAUAGUUUGUUACAGAUUUCCCUUUACGUUUAUUCUUAUUUCGUUUCAAGGUAUUACAUUAGUGAACGAAAUUAGAUAAAAUUAUUUUCUUUUUUUUUUAGUUGUACAACACCAGAUUAAAAUCUAUUUCAAUCGUGAUUUACUAGCUUUAAGUGUUAUAUAGUAAUCCACAUCAAAUUAUUAAUGAUCAAGGAAUAACAUUAUGGAUUUAUCUAUCCCUUUUUUAAAUCGUUAGUCUUUCGAUCGUGUAGAUUUAUUUUCACGUAGAACUGCAAUGUAUUUUUAGAAUUUUCAUUAUAAAAGUCUUCCACUUUAGAGGAAAUUAACGUGACAAAUAGUUGCUAGGAAGAGAAACUGUUCGGUUCCUUUUUCCCAAGGAAUAUACUCAUGAAUGACAGAUCUUUCGAAUUAAAUAUUUAUUACGAAGCAUUGAUCGUUAGAAAAGUAGCCAGAGUAAUCGUUGUUGUCAAUUGUUUGUAAAAUACAAGCUGUCGGAUGUUACGAGAAAGGGCGUUCAUUAAAGAAUUGUAUUAUCUUAGUAUCGCUUUAAGGGGAAUUUGAACAAGAUUUAAUUAACAAGAAUAUUAUCGCGAUUAAAAAAUUUCUCUGCUUGACAGGAUUCUCAUAUUCAAAACUUAUUAAUUUUAACGAUCAGAGAACGGUCUUCUUUGCAAAACGGUUAAACAAAUAUAAUUAUUUGUACUCCUAUGCACUUAUAUAUUUUACUGUACGUAUAUGCACAGAGAGUUAAUUUGUAUAAAAAAUUAUAUAAAAUAAUCGUGAUAAUUUUCUUGUUAAUACAUGCAAUUCACCCUUGGAUAAUAGUAUUAUAUCGUGGUUGAUGUAAUUAUCGCACGCAUAAUUGAAAUCGUGCAAAAUAAUACAAAUAUAAUGUGCGAGAUGAUAAAUUUAUCGAUGAUUAUAAUGUUUGAUUUUGAUUGUUUGUCCAUAAGAUGCAUAUCAACAUCGGCUGCGUACCAAUGAAACGAUAGUUUUAUCGCAACUAUAUUGUUCGAGAAAAUCUUAUGCAUGUCACAUUUCUUAUCGUCGUUUCAGAUUUAGUCGCAGUCAAAGGAUAAAUUUGAUGAUUGGCAAGCAUCGGUAUAACUUUCAUCGUUUAACUACGAUAUAAGCCGGUAGUUUCUGAGACCUCGCCUUUUAGAAAUAAUAAUUUAACAAGUAAAAGGUAACUCUGAAUUUUGCCAAAAAGAAAUCGUAAAUCGUAAAAGGAACAUUCGACACGAUGUAACGAUUAAUUGAUAAUUGUCGAAACGAUGGAUCGAAACGAUGUCGUACGAGAAUUCGAUUUAAGAGGAAUUAAUUAAUAAUUGACGUAAUGUACUACUAUUUUUCUCGAUCGAAGCAAAUCGAUCUUUCACGAAUUCAACGCGUGCGAAAUACGACACGUGUGUGAUUCCGCUCAAUCUGAACAAGUCGAGAUAAAAGUUACUUUUCUAGUGUAUACGUAAUUAAUUCGCAUUGUACGUGUACACGAUUACUAUUGAUUAAAAAUCGAAAAUAAUAUCAAUGAAAAAAAGAACACACACACACAUAUAUAUAUAUAUAUAUAUAUAUAUUGAUACGUGUAAUUUGUUACACGAAGAAUAAAACAAUAUUGAAAUAAUCGUGUCGAAAUAUGAACGAACCGUAAAAGAUAAUGUUUACUAGGUUAUAAUUCAUACGUACUUUGUAAUAUCGAAUAAUACGCGUUAUUAGAGAUUAAUGAUAUAUGUUAUAUGAAUAUUUAGUUUAGUAUAAAAUAUUAGCAAUCACACUAUGAAAUGAUAUUUAAGCAUAAUUCGAUAAAUGAAUUGUUUUAUCCAUCGAUACUCGACCAAUUUCUAUCUUGUCAAUUCUUGUCUUUUACGCCGAAUUAUCAAUUUUGCUAAUAUACUAUUUCUCUUAUUAUUCUAAAGGCAGCCGUCCUCAAGAAAUGUUGCUCUUCUCAGGAGACGGAGAGGUCGAACAGGCAAGCUUAUGUCGCGAGAUUCUUCGAAAUUAAAGAUCAUAUUCAGAGAAUGAUUUGUUGAUAAAAAAUUUCAUUAAAAUUAUACGUAAUAGUUCUGUAAGCCUUUUCUCCUCUGUAGGCUUUUUGUUCCUUAUCAGAUCAUUUUCUUCGCUUCUUUCAAUUAUCAGUAGCACAGCCUCUCAAGCUAAUAGUCAAUUCUUUAUCAUGGAUUCUUUAAAUGUAUUUGUUAAGAUCGAUUCGAUAUUAUUUUCAUGCUCGUAAAGGCACUCUCUGAAUAUGCAUCCUAGCGCAUUCUAUUGAAAUUGUUGAAUAGAUAAGUUAAAUUUUUAAAGUAUAGCACUCUCUAAAGAAACGUUGUAUAGAAAACAAUGGCCGAUUAUCGAGGUAUUAUCGAAGCUUUCGAAAAUGUAUUUGCGUCGCACAAUCCAUCAUCGACCCUGCUCGUCGAUAUUUUCCAAUAUCUCGUAGGACUAGGUGAUUGUAUCUCGAGAAACAAGGGAUUAUCGACUUCGUAAGAUGAUUUUUUAUCUUCUCUUCUUUACGUGAAAAUCGAAAAUUCAAUCGCGACGAGUAUAAUUCUCGACGACCCGUUGCACUUUGUUAGAUGAUGAAUAAAACGUUGUUACGAACAGUGAGUGUAAUCAUCGGUACUUACGCUAGCUACGUGUAGAGUUACAACUGUAAUCGUAGAUCGUUCAUACUUUGUGGCCGGCAUUGUCAAGACAAUUUCGCGGUCAAUAUGUUUAGUAGGCCAUCGCUAUAGAUAUUUAUCGUGCGUAUUUUCUAAAAAAAAAUAUAAGACCCGUUUUUCUACUUGAAACCGACCCGGAUAUUUUCGGUAUUACGAACAAGCAACAAAUGUUAAGUUAUUGAUUUCUGACAGAGAACACAGUUUAAUAUCAAAGAGGAAGAAGAGGAUAAAUACAGUACUUCUUGGAAAAGUGAUCGUCAAGGGAUCUAAUUACGACCAACUAACCGAACCGAGCUACUAUAGACAGACUAGGUCUAUCUUGCAAUCUUAUGGAUUUUAAACAUCAUGGAAUGUUCUCUACCAAGCGACACGUGGCGUGUAAAAAAUUGAUCGCUACAGCCUAUGCUCUGUCGUAGCGAUCUUGCACGACGUGCGUCAUAAUUUCACAUAUAUACCUAUAAAAUAUGCUAGUUGUAGAGACAAAUUGAACAUAUUACGUUGUGUAUCACACGUGUAAUACUGGUCGUUGGUAGAGUAUUCAGAAUAGAAUUCGUGACGGUUCGUGUGCGCUCGCCACUGGAGGAACUCGCAUCAAACCAAUUUUCGAAACUAUGCCUUUCAUACAGUAAGUAUGUCCUCUUAUCUAAUCUCCAGCAUCCAGCUGUUCAAGAAUUUAAAGCUUGCCGAAUAGGAAGUUUUAUUCUGGUGAGUUUGCUAGGAGACGCUAAGGUUUAGCCUAAACGCAUCUUCCUUUUUCUUUCUCAUUCAUUCGUCCUUUUCUCUAUUUUCUUUUACAUCUUAUAUUUGGACGGCAGUUUUGUGUCCAUAAAAAAUUCAUUGCAAUCUUAAAGAAUUGUUAUUCAAGCCAAGAAUGCUGCUUGUAGCGACAAAGAAGAAACGUGACGAGGAAAAAUGUGAUCACUUAUGCCAGAGGUACUGUGUACAGUAUAAAUACAAUAUUAUACGCAGACGCAUAACGAAUGAUUUUCAUUUCUCUAACAAACGAGUAUAAAGUUUCCAUUAGAAUGAUGUUACUUGCUUUUUCUGUUUACCUUGUUUAUUCUAACAAUAUUUCUACAAUUUAUCGAACAUUAAUUAUGAUUUAAUUUCAUACAUUAAAUGUUUCAUUCGUUAUGGUUGAAUAUUUAUAAUGUCAUCUUUUACGUUUAGUCAUUCUCGUAAUUACUUUAGUAUUUUAUAGGCAAUAUUUUUAAUAUUACCGUCAACAGACUUUUUCCAACCGAGAGAGAAAGUAUUUAGCAUUGCAUAGCUUGUGAUAUGCAACGUGUACGUGUGUGUGCGUCUGUAUAUACGUGGGAAUGGUUCGAGUAUAAAAAAUCCUCCUAACGUUCUCGGUUGAGGAGAAACGCAGAGAUGCAGAUUUAAACAAUUUGGCCUAACGCGAAAAGUUUCUGCCGUUAGUUUCAUCUUCUGACGAGUGUGAAUCUGUAAUUGAGAAGAGCGAUGAUGUGGUCUUGAUUCACAAUACGUAUACAGGGUGUUAAAAAAAAUGAAAAUCUGGAACAUUAACAGCUCGGUAAAAUUAUUAAACAGUGCUUAAUAACAUAGAAUCAAUACGUGCAUAUUUAUUGUUGCAACUUUUUUAUCCUUUUACAGAAAAUUUAUUGAUUUGAUGCCCUGAAUCGAUGAAACAUUAUUUAUCUUUCUUGGUUUUAGCUUUUAAAUUUUUUAUAACACCCUGUAUAUUCUCAAUGCGAUAAUCUAGACUAGCGUGUUGUCGACACGGUGACGUAGGAGCGCUAGUCGUUAGUAGCGUGCACAUUUACAUAAAUUACCAUUUCAGUAAGUUGAAAUUUGUAUCGGAAGUAAUAAGUAUCUCGAUCUUUAGAUUUCGUUUAUAUUGAAUUAAGCGGAGAAGAGAUAAAACUUAACGAAAAAACAUUGAAAAUUCACGCGAAUUUUGAUAAAGUCUCUUAAAACAGUAAAUUAAUAUUGUAAAACAUAUAUUUCUUUAAUUAAUCCUGAGAAAGGAUCCUCGCUCGCUCUGGUUUCUGUUCAGUUUUGUAUCUCGAAGAGAUUCGGGACACAUUGGAAAUACGUAUUACGUGAAAUAAAUUUACAAACGUUUAUAGUCCCAUUAGGCUUUGAAAAAAAUGAUAUCUGUUUGUUUUUGUAAUAAUAAUAAUAAUAAUAAUCAAUAAUGUUGCACACAUACAGUUAAAUAAUAUGGUAAUAAUAUAAUAUUGUAAUAUAGUAGUAAUAUACAUACUGUAAUGAAAGAAACGAUAAUUAUUAGGAAAAGAUAACUGCUAGGGAAAAAAUGUUUAGUUUUAUAUGUCCAGAUAAUCCUGUUCCUACGUCGCCAAGAAGUUCACAAAUGUAAAGCCAAGUACCAUUAUAACAAUAUGUAAGAUAAUUGCGAUGAACUUUCGAGCGAGCAGUCUAGCCUGUAUGGAGACAACGCGUGUGCCAAAGUGAAAAAAAAGUCAUUAUUGUAUCGAAAUAAAAUUGUAUAAAGCGUCACCUUUUCCUUCGACAAUCAAAAUGCAGUGUAUGUUGUAUCGCGUGCAUAUUUUUGUGCAAUAAAUAAGAACAUAUGCCAAUUUAUCGCUCAGAAUGCUUUACAUAUGUCGUAUUGAAAAAAAAGAGAAAAAAAAGAAAGAGAAAGAAAAGGAAAGGAAAAGAAAGAGGGAUCUACGCAUUGUGAACGUGAUGCAGGAACUGUUUCUGGUAUUUCUAAAUUGCGAAGUGAUUAAUUUUUCAGGUUCCAUUGCUCCCGCUUCUUCUCUUGUCUUCUUGCGUUUCUCUAAAGGUAGAAAAAUGAUCAAAAAUGCAGUUGCUCCUUUAUCAUUCGUCUAGAAAUUGAAAUAUAAACCGUUUCCGUUCUUUCAUUUUCUUAAAAUAAAAUUUAGGUGUGCGAUUAUUCGAAUUUUUCGUUUCUUCGAAAUUUUGCAUUCCACUCGCUGUAAAAAGAUAAAAAUAUUUAUUUAGGAGGUAAGUAACCAGCAAAAUCGAGUAUCGCAAAAUCGUAUUGAAAAUAUAGAAAUCUAAUUACCGUAUGCCAGCGUAGAAUAUUAUGCAUUUUCCAAUAAAAUAUUGAUCAGAAAAUGGGUUUCGAAGUUUUAAGAAUAAUGAAACGAAUUGUACGAUCUAAUACGAUAAAUCUGAAUUUCUUCAUUGCGAUCACACGCAACAAGCGGUUAUUUUAUUCAAAGAGAUAACACUUUAUUAAACAUUUCUAUCCACGACAAAAAACGAGUACGUUAUUAAUACAACAGGCAUAAGCAGAAGGAUUUAUCUUAGGAAAUCAUAAUAAUAAUCUCGAAAAUGAGAUGUGUAUCAUAUUGACGAUGUUGUAAGAUGUUAAUGGAUGAAAUAUUAAGAUUUAUGUUUCUAUAUUGUAAUAACAUUUAUGUAUAAUGGUUAUUAUAAUGCAAAAAAUAUACAUACUAGUUGUCCA